CGGGCGUCGCUUCGGCUCACCUCCUUGCCUCUGUUUGAGGACUCAGUUGCAGGAGGUGGAAGAAGAGCGACGUUACGUGUUUUUAUUCGGAAUUAAAUGUCCAAAAAGCCCUCAAAGGAGUCUGUAUUAAACCACAACAGCGAGUUUUACGUCAGCGAGAGAAAAGAAAGUGACCCAGCGGCUUAAAACCGGCGUUUUCACUCUUGGACGAGCCAGAGUACCAAGAAUCAGAGAUGAGUCAGUGGCUCGAGCUACAGCAACUUGAUUCGAAGUUCCUGGAACAGGUGGACCAGCUCUACGAUGACACCUUCCCCAUGGCCAUCCGCCAGUACCUGAGCAACUGGAUUGAGAGCCAUGACUGGGACCAUGUGGCCAACGUGGAGAACGAGUCUCUUGCGACAGUGAGGUUCCAUGACCUUCUGACCCAGCUGGACCAUCAACACAGCCGUUUCGCGAUGGAGAAAGACUUCCUCAAUCAGCACAACAUCCGCAAGAUCAAGCGCAACCUGCAGACCCUUUUCCAAGACAACCCUGUCUCCAUGGCGAUGAUCAUCAGCAAGAACCUGAGCGAAGAAAGAAAGAUUCUGGCAGCGGCACAGAUCUCCGAGAACACAGCACAAAGUGCUCACAGCGACAUGAUGAUCGAGAAACAGAGAGAGCUGGACAGCAAGGUGAAGGAAAUUAAGACCAAAGUACAGGAAACAGAACAGAACAUCAAAAAUCUGGAGGACUUGCAAGACGAGCACGAUUUCAAGAGCAAGACGCUGCAGAGUCAAGAGGAGCUGAACGGCACGAUAUCAAGAGAGGAGCUGAGUCGCGAGAAGCUGUACCUCAAAGCCAUGUUCAUGAAACUCCAUGACAUGAGAGGGGGCGUAGUGAGUCAGAUGUCCGAGGUGCUGAACCUUGUGGAGCAGCUGGAGUACGAGCUGAUCACGGUGGAGCUGUGUGAAUGGAAACGACGUCAGCAGAUGUCCUGCAUCGGCGGCCUCACCAACGUGUGCCUCGACCAGCUGCAGAACUGGUUCACGGCGGCGGGGGAGUGCCUGCUGCAGGUACGUCAACAGCUGAAGAAGCUUCUGGAGCUGGAACAGAAGUACUCAUACUCACAUGAUCCGAUUGCCCUCAGCAGGGGCACACUGGAGGAGAGGGCACUAACACUUCUCAAGACCCUCAUCACCAACUCCAUGGUGGUGGAGAGACAGCCUUGCAUGCCCACACAGCUGCAGAGGCCUCUAGUGCUGAAGACGGGAGUCCUGUUUACCCUCAAAGUCAGACUGCUGGUGAAACUUCAGGAGUUCAAUCACAUGGUCCGUGUCAAGGUGCACUUUGAUAAGGACGUGACGGAGGACAGAAAGGGUUUCCGGAAGUUCAACAUCCUAGGGACCGCCAUGAAAGUGAUGAACAUGGAGGAAUCGAUUGGGAUGGCUGCCGAAUUCCGACAUCUGCAACUGAAAGAGCGGAAGGUGGCUGGGAAUCGGACGAGUGAGGGUCCGCUGAUCGUCACUGAAGAGCUCCACUCUUUCACCUUUGAGGCAGAGCUCUGCUGGUCUGGACUGGUCAUCAAUUUUGAGACAACGUCUCUCCCCAUCGUGGUGAUCUCCAACGUCAGCCAGCUGCCAUGUGGCUGGGCCUCCAUCAUGUGGUACAACAUGCUGACAUCUGAACCCAAGAAUCUGUCGUUCUUCGUGAACCCUCCUUCGGUCAGUUGGGGUCAGCUGUCUGAGGUGCUGAGCUGGCAGUUUUCCUCCAUUACUAAGAGAGGCCUAAAUUCAGAGCAGCUGAGCAUGCUGGGACAUAAACUGCUGGGCCCAAAAGCAUCGAAUGACCCGGAGGCUCAGAUUCCCUGGAAUAAAUUCUGCAAGGGCGGCAGUGAGAGAAACUUUACCUUCUGGCUGUGGAUCGAGGGAAUCCUAGACUUGAUAAAGCGGCAUCUGCAGAGCCUGUGGGAUGAUGGGUGUAUUAUGGGCUUUGUGACGAAGGAACGAACAAAAGCUCUGCUGAAUAAUAAAGCUGCCGGAACGUUCCUGCUGCGUUUCAGUGAGAGCAACCGAGACGGCGCCAUCACCUUCAGCUGGGUCGAACACACUUUAAAUGAUGAGCCACAGGUCCGCUCGGUUGAGCCCUACACUAAGAAAGAGCUGUCUGCAGUCUCGCUGCCCGACAUCCUGCGCAACUACAGAGUGAUGGCAGCGGAUAACGUUCCUGAAGACCCUCUGCGCUUCCUGUUUCCCGACACCCCCAAAGAUGAAGCCUUCCAAAAAUACUACUCCAAACCUACUGACAAACACGAGCCGAUGGACGUGGAUAAGAAGCAGGAUGAAGGCUACAUCAGAACAACUCUCAUCUCUGUCUCUGAAAUGAAAACAUCGGAGUACAACGACAACAUCAUGCCCCUGUCUCCAGAGGUGUAUGGGGAACUGGAACGCAUGGUGACUCGAGAUCUGUCAGGAGGCAUCGGAGAGCUGUGCCGCGGCUUUUCCGACGCCUGCUGAACGGACGGAGGACAGGCUCUCCCUUCAUUCACAGUGGUGAAAUGAUCACCUGACCUCCAGCUUUUCUUGUUAUCAACACCUUCAAAAAGAUGUUUUAGAAAAAUUCAUUGUUCAUUUGUUGAACACAGAGGCCAGACUACAGCAAACACUGUAAAGUUUAAAGGACAGCUAAGGGAAUCAUGUGGACCUUAUUAUUAUAGCACUUAGCUGACGCUGUACAAACAUUAGCACUUUUUCCCCAAACCUUCUCUACUGUCAUUCAUGCUGAUGCUUUCUUUUAGGAAGCAUAUUUGAUAAAUUAUCAGUUUGACUGUUCUGCCUUAAUUUGAGAGGCAGAAAGCAGAGGGUUUUAGAAAGACAGCAAAAAAUGUGCCAGUGGUGUUUUUGAUAUAUUGAUAUAAAAAUAAUUCAAUUUCAGAAGAGCCUCGGGCUCAGUUUUCAACUGGUAAAGUGGAUGUUAUUGGAAUUUCAUGCCAUUUUUCUGUUUCUUUGCAUUGUGCGUUGCUCAUUUUUUUACAAAUUGCACUCACUGCUAAAGUCAACAGCUUGUCGAUGGCUAAAUGUUUCUAUUAGAAAAGCUGUGAAUUUCGCACCUUUUGUUUUAAACUGAACAGAUUUAUCUUUAAAAAACAAAAAAGAGACAGCCAGCUACUUGGAAGCUUUGUUUUUAAUUAGAUAUUUCCUUAGUGAAAUAAAUACUCAGUGCAGUUUGUAACACAAUCCGACAAAGCCUGUAACAGCGAAAUGCUAAGAGCAGAAAAAAAGAAAACGAAGCAGUAAAACAGACACUGACAUAAUAUAAUACAUUCGUAACAGUAGUAAACACAGCCAGUGAGAUAUUACCUCAGUUGAAAGAGUUAAACACCAGGUUUCACCAAAAAAAUAGAUACAGCUAUAGGGAAAUAUAGUCUAGAGCCAAAGUUAUGACCCAGGGUGUGCUCACUUUUUCACAAUUCCUGCGUUUCUUGGCCAUCGUUUUGUAGUUUUGCUAUAAAUAAUGACUGGCUUUCACAAACAUAACACACAUGCUUACACAAACGCACUCAUACACAUACACGUACACCUAUAUACAGUACUCAAGUAGCAAUCUAAGGGUUUCCUAGACAGGGAUUAAGCCUAAUCUUGGACUAAACUGCUGUCCCAGCGAUGGGUCACCUUCGGAAAGUCUGGGCUUAGGGUUAAACCUGGUCUGGGAAACUGACUUUGUGUUUCACAAGAAAUAUUAAGCCUAUUCAAUACAUAAGCUUCUUGUGCUCGUGGUCUUCGUGUGCGUCCGUACGUAACUCAGUUUUGUUUAUUUUUACACCUUUUAUUUUUACAACUCGCUCAGUAUAAUCGUUUGAUAAGACAGGGAAAGGAACGUUCUGGGGACCUUCAUGAUCAGCUAGCUACAUCUGAUGGAAGCCUGGGUACACUGAGGAGCGUUUACACAGCUUUCCAGAGACGUACCUGCAAAAAGAUGCACAAAGCUCUGACUCAAGGUGCUCAAUUCAGUUUACAGGUUUUUACCUCUGCUUGUGGGUUCACACUUCAACAGAACGUAAUAGUUUCACAAUAGUUAACAAAUAAGUUGUAGUAGUUCAAUAAAUUAUUGAAUACUAAUGAAAUAACACUUGGCCUACUUUUGUUAGGUCUAAAAAAAAAGUUAAAAGGUUGCAAAAGUUGCAGAUUCCUGCAGUGUAUCAUGUGUGAUGCACUAAAUUAGCCUGGGUCAUACACGUUGUUAUAAUUCUUUUAGUGUUUUUUUUUUAACCUUACCCGUCACGUCUCCUCGGUGUAUCCAGGCAUUUAUAAAUUCAUAAUCACUGGGAAAGAAGACAAAAACUUUGUUGUCAUACAAACAAAAAUAAAUAAUUGCGUAAAAAUAAAUAAAUAAAUAAUAAAAAUAAAUGUUACAAA